UCAGUCUGCACAGAAGUAAAUAUUCAAAAGUACAGAAGGGCACCAAAGGGAAAGGGGAAGUGUCCCAGCCCUUGCCCUCGCCAGCCCCUCUGCCCGGCAUGUUGACAAGAAAUUGAACCCAGAGGAAAGGCCAACUGCGAGAGCAGUCACCAAUCUCCGACCUCUGGUUUCCCAGCCUGCCUGGCAAAGGCACCCGCUGCCUGGUUGGUGGCUCAGUGGUUAGGACGCCGGCCCGCAAACCGCAGGCAUUGCUCUGGAAGUCGGAGUGCAUGCAGCAGGUUCCUAUUUGUGGAAUGGCUUCCAUUCUUGAAUGAGGGAGGAAGCAGAAAGGGUGGAUUUAUUGGCCAAGAAAAAUUCAGUGAGCCACUAAGCCCAGGUCUUCUGUAAAGGUUCCACGACUGAACUGCCCACUGCUGCUCUAAUAGGGAGCAGAAGAGAUUAAAGAUCACUCCCACUUCCAAUUAUGAGAUACAAGAGUUUGGUCACUGGGACCCGAGCGAGAAGAGUCAUUGCUGUCCUCUGGGUGCUCGCCUUUGGCAUUGGACUGACCCCUUUCCUGGGCUGGAACAGUAAAGACAGUGCCACCAACUGCACAGAGCCCUGGGGUGGAACCAUGAAUGAAAGCUGCUGCCUUGUGAAGUGUCUUUUUGAGAAUGUGGUCCCCAUGAGCUACAUGGUGUAUUUCAACUUCUUUGGGUGUGUCCUGCCCCCACUGCUCAUAAUGCUAGUGAUCUACAUCAAGAUCUUCAUGGUGGCCUGCAGGCAGCUUCAGCGCACCGAGCUGAUGGACCACUCAAGGACCAUCCUCCAGCGAGAGAUCCACGCCGCUAAGUCCCUGGCCAUGAUCGUGGGGAUUUUUGCUGUGUGCUGGCUACCAGUGCAUGCCAUCAACUGUGUCACCCUUUUUCAUCCAGUUCAGGCUAAGGAGAAGCCCAAGUGGGCAAUGAAUAUGGCUAUUCUCCUGUCACAUGCCAACUCAGUUGUCAAUCCCAUCGUUUAUGCCUACAGGAACCGAGACUUCCGCUAUACUUUUCACAAACUCAUCUCCAGGUAUGUUCUCUGCCAGACAGAUGUCUUCAAGAGUGGGAAUGGGCAGGCGGGGGCACAGCCUGCUCUCGACAUGGGCCUAUGACCUGGAUGGAUUCUGUCCUUUUCAAAAGGCACAAAUCCACAAUAAACAGAGGGACAGGACAUGAUUGGAUGAUCCUCACGUGAAAGACAGUCAUGCCUCACAAGCAUAUGGGUUGCCUCUUUUGAGCAUCUCCCUGGAGUUACCACAUAUCUAACUAAUAUGUACAUGAUAUUAGUAGGUUCCAAGGGUUGACAAAUACAUAUGGUCCUGUCUGGAUGCUCUCACUGUGUGGAUGAUGCUGACAACUUGAAUGGAUUGUAAAAUAAUGUUUUGUUUUUUUUAAAGUCUGCCUUUUUUAUGGUAGAAAAUGAAUAAAACUAUUUUUCUGUGAAA